CUCCUCAUCAAAAGGCACCUGUUUCCGGUUUCACACUUGUCUGGGAAGUAUUGUCGGCGAAAAUGAACACGUUCCUGUCAAGAUUGAACACUAUAUUUGCCUUUACCCUUAGUGUAAUGGCAGCUUUGACAUUUUGUUGCUUUCUCACAACAGCGUUUAAUCUCCAUAAACGACCACUGAACGUAUCUGCAGGAAAAGUUUCUGUCAAAAACGUCCCAGACUACUCAGCCGAUAGGGAAAAGAGUGAUCUUGGAUUUGUUACCUUCGACUUGCAAGCUGAUCUCCAGCCUCUGUUCAACUGGAACGUGAAACAGCUUUUCCUCUACCUCACCGCAGAAUACCAAACACCAGAUUAUAAGCUGAACCAGGUUGUUCUGUGGGACAAGAUUAUCCAGCGUGGAGAUAAUGCUAUCAUUGAUUUGAAGAGUUCCAACACCAAGUACUACUUCUGGGACUAUGGCAAUGGGUUGAAGGGCAAUAAGAAUGUGACGAUGACAUUGUCCUGGAAUGUGAUUCCCAAUGCUGGUACUCUGCCCAAGGUGAUGGGUGAUGGCAGCCAUUCCUUUACCUUCCCAGACCAGUACAGUGCAGGCCGCUUCUAGACCUGCCAGACACCAGCUCGCACCUGUCCAAGUGAGGCCUCGUGUCGCCUCACAGCCUCAUCAUUACUGUACACUAUCAUUACUGUACACUAUCUUUACUGUACCCUAUCAUUACUGUACACUAUCAUUACUGUACACUAUCAUUACUGUUAACUGGAGAAAUUGUUAGUUUCAUCCAGUGUAUCAGGAAUAAGUUCAUUAUUAAUAGGAAUAAGUUCUGUUCAAUUUGGAAUAUGUUAUUUUCUGUCAGGUAUAUGUUGACAAAAAGCUGUAAAAAGUAUUCAUUUUGAACAACUACGACCUUUAAGACAUCACUGCGAACUGCUGUGUAAGAAUCAUCUCAAUCCAACUCAAUCCAUCGCGAUCCAUCGUAUGUCAGUCGUGUGAGUGUCUGUGUAAGGGUUUGAAAUUCUCAAAGACGAGGCAAAAGGAUGUAGAGGAUAUGUUCAAAUUUUCACAGAUAAGUCUUGAAGAGUCCUUGUCAUAACAGUGUACAUUUGUACAACCUAGUUAGCCGUAACUUUAGGACGUGUGUAUGAGGGAGAGUGAGUGUUCUGCGGUUUUAUUCACCUAGUGAAACAGUCUAGAUGAUUGAAGAUCCACUGAUGUUAAUCAUUUGUUUAUGUUUGUGGUGUGUAAGAGACAUUUUUCAGAAUGAUAUUGUUUUAAUGGCACCAGAAUCCCUAGCACAUCUACAAGCAGACAACAUGUUCAAGUCAGGAGGAACACGACAGACCAGCUUUAGAGUCACCUCCUGGACCACAUGGGGCUAUCACUGAUAUCUACCAGCAGACAACAUGUUCAAGUCAGGAGGAACACGACAGACCAGCUCUAGAGUCACCUCCUGGACCACAUGGGACUAUCACUGAUAUGCACUGUAAUUCAGAAACAGGGUUUAGAACGAUGUAAUUAUGAGGAAUGUAAUUUAAUUGUUGUGUUAAUAGUAUGAUUGUUCUAAGCCUGUGAUGUGGAGGGAGAGAGGGAUUUACAUGUUGUAAUGGUGUGGCUGUAAGUGCCUUGCUGUUGACUGUCAGUGUAAUAAUACAGGUUGUGGAGCACCUUCCAUGCUGUGAAUGUAAGUUGUGUAAGUGUUUUGUGAGGGGCUGUGGUUCUAGCUGUCAAUUUGGAAGUAAGAAUUAAAGAGGAUAAUAUAUUAUGUAAUUGUGUAUGUAUUGUAGAGCCCCCAUUUUGGCAUGAAAAAGAUCUUUAAAAUAAAUUUUAAGAAAAUA